ACACCGCCACUAUUGCGAUUCGAGUAGGCAAAAGGACUUGUGCAUAUUUAGGACACUCAUCAGUCACACAAAAUCGAUUCGACACUACCCCAACAAUAUUUUAUAUAGUACAAUGAAAAGAAUGACUGUUGGCUGUAAACUGUGGCUAUUAGUCGUGGUGUGCGUAGCGUUUUUAUAUCAAGAUGGUCCCCAAGGCAAUGGGGUGUUAUGUGCUGUAAAAAAACACGACUCUCAAUCUGACGAAGGAUCGUAUCCAGAUGUAACGGACGAAGACGUCGAUGACGAUCAAGAUGACGAUGACGGACAGAACGAUUCUGAUGAUCACAGUGGUAAUACCAGUGAUGGGGAAAACAGUCAUGGAGGAACUAGUGAUGAUGAUGAUGGUGAUACGGAUGUUGAUGAUGAUGACGAUGAAGAUCAUAGCGAAUCGAAUUAUGAUAAAGACGAGAGUCACGGAAAAAAUAAAAAUAAACAUGAAACUAAUAAAAAAUCACACAAAGGUAAACGUCGCCAGGAUCAUGAUGAUGACGAUGAUGGCAAAGACAUUGAAGACGAUGGUUUUGAUGGAGAAGCUGCCUUAGACGAAGAUGGGGAGGAAGACAAACAGCACUGCAAGAAAAACAAGAAAUCUAAGAAAAAUGUAAUCGCAGAAAUGAAGAUAACAACAACGACGACCAUUACAGGAAAACCUAAGGAUAUCCUAAAAUUCCUUAAUAAUGGUGUACAACCAUAUAAACCAGCUGCUUUGGAUUUCAAAAAAAAAUCAAGUUCUAAUCUUUUAAAAGAGAUUGAAGGUAUUUUAAAUAAAGAUUCUAAACCAAACAAAAGCAAAAGUAGAAGCAAAAGCAAGAGCAAAAAAGAAUCAGAAGAGGAUUUGACGGAAUUCAUAAGAAACAUUGUUAAGGAGGGUAUAAAGAAAAAAAGUUCAAAAAAAAUGGAUAAAGAUAAGAUAUUAAUAACUCUAGUGAAGUCAGUAUUAGAUGUAUUGAAAGAUUCGUCAUAGUUUGAAGCCCACGAAAAGUUCAUAAGUGCAUUUUACCAUAUUAUGUAUAUGUGUCAGAAAUCACAUUUAUGUACAUGGCUGUAAUAGUUAUAAUCAAAAAUAAUAAUAUUUGUGCAAAAUGUUUAAAUAUAUCGUUAAGAAAAA